AUGGAUAAUUUUAGUGAUGUUGAAUCCAAAGACUCAUUCGAAUGUCGCAGCAUACUAGACGCCUUCAGAAAACAAACUAUCAAAGCGUACGAUAUAAAACAAUUAUUAGAAGAGCGCUAUGCUAUUUUAUCAGGUGGCAGAGAUCUUAGAGGGGGGCCUGUCAUUUUCUUCCCCUCCAGGCAACCGACAGAUAAGUUUAACAUCGAAAACCUGAAGAUUAUCAUCAACUACUUUUCCACAAUUCCAAGCGAUGAGUCAAAAGCGCUUGAGUUCUGUGUCGUUAUUGACAUGCGUGGGACUACCUGGUCCACCAUAAAGCCAAUUUUGAAAGUAUUAGAUGAGAAUUUUCCUGGGAAAAUUCACACAACAUAUAUUAUAAAGCCAGAUAACUUUUGGCAGAAGCAACGAACUAGUCUUGGAAGCGCCAAAUACAAGUUUGAGACGUUAUUGAUAUCCGUGGACUCUAUAUCAAAGUACAUCAACCUUUCCCAGCUAAGCAAUGAAAUCGAAGGGGGCAGCUAUGCAUACGACCAUACAAACUGGAUCAACUCGCGAGUUGCCAUCGAGUCGUUUAUGGAGCGAAUUGCCAAGGUGUACUGCAUCAUGCUCGGUAUGAGAGAGGAACUUAAAAAGAUUACCUUUUCAAAUGACUUGAACUACAUCAACAAUGCCAUUGAGGAGCACAAGAUAAUGAAAAAGAAAAUCUCCGAAAUUCCUGUUGAUGAGGUUGAUUCUGAAGCGCAACAACUACUUGCUAAGCUGAGCUUCUUUAUGCACGACACAAACUUGCACUUUCUAAAGCAGAACAAAUCCUACAAUCGUGAAAUUCUGGCCAAUAAGUUCCUCAAUCCUGAUGUCGAAACGGCCAUUUCAAAGAUUUUUCAAAUUGUCAAUGAAAUUCAUCAGUGCCGGCAGAAUCUCCUCCACCUGUGGAAUAUGAAGAGGAUCAAGUACGAGCAGCACCUGCAGCUGCUGCUCUACGAGUCAGACGCCAAUAAGAUGCUGGAGUGGCUAAUGAACAACAAGGAGAUCUUCAUGCGCAGCUUCAUCGUCAUCGGCAACACCGUCAAUGACAUAAAGGAGUUGCAGGAGAAGCACGGCGAGUUUGCCACCGCCUCGGUGAACGUCUACAUGAACAUCACCAAACUGCAGCACGUGGCGAGCAACAUGAUCGAAGGAGGGCACAGCUCGGUGGCGCUGAUCAACCAGAUCACCUCGCAGCUGGAUCGUUCCUGGAAGGAGUUCGCCUCCAUUCUCGACCAGCGCAAUAUUCUCCUCUCCAUUGCCUCAACGUUCUACAACAACGUCGACGACUACACCAAACAGGUGAACACCUUUCGUUCGCUAUGUGAUAACCAAAACCUGUACUCCUUUCAGUGUCACGACGUGACAGAAUUGGAGUCUUUAGUCAAGAAAAUUCAGUCAUUUUACGAUAAGCUGUUCUUCCUCUACAACGAGUGCAGCUCUACGAGCAAAAAACUGGUCACACAGAUGGAACUUCUCUACAAGAAGUACAGUGAGAACAUUUCGAAAAAUCUUGAAAAUUUUGCUCAUCAGUUUUGCCGUGAUUACCGCGAAAGUAUAGGGACCAUUAUGUCGUUGGUGCAGAAUCUUCAACAGAAUCAGCAGAAUCUCGACACUCUUUGGCACUUCAGGAAGGUGAAGCUCCACCAGAGGCUGGCAUUGGCGUUCUUUCAGGACGACGUUCGCCAGGUUCUUGAGUGGAUCAACAAUCACGGUUAUGGCUUUCUCAAUAAGAAUCCAGGAGUGGGCAAGAACUUGUCCAAAGCUAAAAUACUACAAAAAAGUCAUACUCACUUUGAGUCCGUCGCUAAGAACACGUACACUAAUGCGGACAAACUUCUUGCGGCCGCUGAAGAGCUGGCACGAACUGGGGAGUGUAACUCGGAGGAGGUCAGCGAGGUGGCCAGACAGCUGCAAACACACAUCAGCAAUUUUGCCAAGCGGGUAGAACAUCGACGAAACAUACUCAACUUAUCAGUCCUCUUUUACACCUUCGAUAAGGACAUUCACUCGCACAUUGCUGAGUUGCGCACCCAGGUGUGCACAUCACCGGUUCAUGUGCCGGAGAACAAAGACACCAUUGAGACGAAGAUUAGUAAGUUAAUUUACGAGCGCAACCUGAUCAAAAGCACAAUUGAUAAUGCCAUCGCCAAAGGAACGGUGCUGCUGAAUGAGCUGAAGAACUACAGCGCCUACCAGGAGAAGUUUGAGUUCUCGGAAGAGUCGUACCACUCACUAUCUUCUUCAAUCACCACAGUGGAGACAAACAUUGAGAAGUUGAAAUGCCUUCUGCCUGAAUUUGAGGAUCUGUGCAAUAGUCAGCAUUAUAAGCAUGGGAUUUGCCUUAAAAUACGAAUGUACGAAAAGGACGCUCUGAACAUCUCCUCUCAAAUUGAAAAGUGGUCUGUCGAUAUUCAAAAGGAAAUGAUGUACCACGAUGAAUCGAAGCAGUUUCACUUUAGUAUCAACGACGUGCAAACCUUUGAAACUGCUUUUGCCGCAUUCAAUGACAAGUUCAGUCGACUGCAGCGAGCUGUAUUUGAGACUAUUCACGCUGGACAAGAGUUGAUUCAGAUGAUUGAGUCGUGUAAUUUCCGCUUCAUGGUCAGCAGCGAACAGUCAUCACGUGAUUUGCUUCAAAGCGUUAUCAAGUUUUUGCAGGAAAAGGAAAUGGACAUGGAAGAGCUUCAUGAACUGAGACGCAAGCAGCUCGAGCAGAUCAUUCAGUUUGGCCACUUUCAAAUUAAUGUUGAGCAAAUUUUAAACUGGAUCAGAAAUGGAGAGUCCAUGUUUAAGAGCUCCUUUUACAUACCAAUUUCACUUCAAACUGCCGAAAACUUAAAAGCUGAUCACGAGCAAUUUCAGGAAGCUAUCGAGAAAACCCAUUGUCGUGCCAUAUACCUUCACCAAAAAGCCGAAUCUCUUGUGCAGGCAAACCACAACCAGUCGGGCACAAUUCAAAUGAUCUCAAAUGACUUGUCACAAAAGUGGCAAAGCCUAAUGUCUCAUGCUGAAGAUCGCCACAAGUUGGUGUUGACGUCUAUUAGCUUUUUCAAAACAAUCGAACAAGUAUGCUCAGUACUUAACAGUUUGCAGAAUGAGUACAAACGGGAAGAGGACUUUUGCGGGGCGAAUCGGCGAAGCAUAACCAGUGAAAGCAUAAAAAGUUUUGACAACUCUGACGAGAAUGCUCUUUCUUGUCAGAUUUCUAAGCACCAAGAGCAGAAGGAAUCAUUUCUUAAAGCCUGCACUUUGGCUAGAAGAAAUGCCGAAAACUUUCUAAAGUACAUUGCUCGCUGUAUUCAAUACUACUCAAAUGACUCCAGUACUGCCUAUCAGAAUGCAGAGAGCCGCAUCAAAACGAUAAUGGAGGACCUGUUGAAGCAGGAGAACAUUGUUCUUGGCUUUUGGGCAGAGAAGAAAAAGCGAUUAGAUCACUGCAAACAGUACAUUUUGGUAGAGCACAGCUCAAAGCAGGCACUGAAAUGGAUCAACGAGACCGGAUUUCCCUUUAUUGAAAAGAAAAAGUCUACACUCAGGGAGGACUGCUCGAAAGAGCAGCUAGAAGAGCUUCUCCGAGAGUUUGAUAACUUCAACCAGUACCUCAAUGAAUGCAAAGAAAAGGUUCUGCUCCUGGGUCAGCUGGCUGAUAAUUUAAUUGAAAAGGGGCACUCACAUGAAGGCGCCAUCAAGAAGUGGGUUUCCUAUGUGAAACAAUCGUAUCGAGACUUUUACAAGGAAUUGGACCACUACAAGAAUUCUUUAAAUGAAAAGCUGUGUUUAUACUCAGACAAAAUCGAUCGCCAAAUUAAGCUAGAUCAUGAUGCGAAUUCCAACUUAAAGGAGGGCGCUGAAAGUAAUGGCAGCUCGGUGAGUGAUAUCAUCGGACAGAGUGGUGAAAAUCGUAAAUCAGUUCGCAAGCGCGAUUACAUCAUGGCAGAACUGUUGCGCACUGAAAAGACCUACGUUGAAGAUCUUAAGCUGUGCAUUGAUACAUACUUGAAAGACUUUAGAACUUGUGAUAACUUGCCUGCCUCUCUGGUGGGCAAAGAAAGCCUACUUUUUGGAAAUAUUGAGCAGAUAUACGAAUUUCAUCACAGAAUUUUUCUGAAAGAACUGGAAAAGUACGAGCAAAUACCGGAAGAUGUUGGUCACUGCUUUCUAACGUGGGCUGCCAGUUUUGAUAUUUACGUCAAGUACUGCAAGAACAAGCAGGAUUCAAACUACCUUCUCGUGCAGUACGGUGGCCUUUAUUUCGACGACAUCCGUCGCUCCAAUCCAGUUCUACAUCCAAUUGACGCCUACCUUAUAAAGCCAGUUCAGCGCAUUACCAAGUACCAGUUGCUGCUCAAAGAUCUGCUGUCCUGCUGCGACGAAGGACAGGAGGGCGAGAUUAAGGACGGCCUGGAGGUGAUGCUACGAGUGCCAAAGAAGGCCAACGAUGCCAUGCAUUUCAGCAAUCUCGAGGGCUGUGACAUUUCCACGGACAAGCUGGGCGAAGUCAUUCUGCAGGAUGUCUUUGUGGUCUUUGACUCAAAGUCACUACUGAAGAAAGGCCGAGAACGCCGGCUGUUCCUCUUUGACAUGUACCUCGUCUUCUCCAAAGAAGUUCGUGAUAGCAGUGCAAAGUCAAAGUACAUCUACAAGAACAAGCUGAUGACCAAUGAGAUUAACCUGACGGAGAACAUUGACGGCGAUGAGGUCAAGUUCUCCAUUUGGACGGGGCGACUGUCACACAUGUCCGACUUUAAGGUGACCCUCAAAGCGCAGAGUGUAGAGGUGAAGCAAGCUUGGGUGAAGAAGUUGAAACAACUCAAACACGACACCUUUCUCUACUCGACGCUCAAUCAGUUCAAGUCUUCGAAAAAUGCUGUCAAUUCGACGAAUUCCACCAAAAGCUCUCACACCACCAGCAAUCGCACUAGUCGUGAUUUGGACGAUAUCGCGUACGACGAGCUUGCCAGUGCUGACCACCACGAACGAAGCUCCCUCGCCUCAUUCAGCUCGGGAAAUACCACUGACAGCGACAAGAUCAACUAUGAAUACGCUUGGGUGAAGGAAGACUUUACAGUCGACAAUAUUGCCACUCUGCCGAGUACCGCUUUCGGAAGCUAUCUGCCCGUCUGUGUCGGGCAGAGAGUGGAAAUCCUCGAAGGGAAACUUGCAUCGCUGCCAGAACUGUGCCUGGUUCGACUUUCAAACAGCCAGUCGGAUGGUUUAGUUCCCACCAGCAUUCUACGGUAUCCGCUGAAGACAUCUAUCAUGUCACUGAAGUCAUCUCUGGACUCGGAAGAUAAUAACGCCGUUUUUGCCGAUGGUGCCGGUGGUAAUCUUGAGAACAACUCCAAUAAGAAGCGCGGCGUCUUCAAGAAAUGGAUAACCAAUCCAGUGAGAAAACUGAGUCAAAGCAAAGUGGACAAAGCAUUCCAAGGUCCCACUGCAGCGGCGGCAAGUACCACCACUAAGACGUCCAGUGUGGGUACGGCCACAACGACAACGACGACGACCACCACCACGACCGUGGUGGCAGCUGCGCCAGAAGCACCUCCGCCAACGCAUACAUCGCUUUCUAAACUUAACGACAUUGAGCCGAAUCACAAAUCUGCGUUUGAGAGCACCCAAAUUGGCGCAUCUAAAGCAGUGGCUACUACUACUACCGUUACUGCAGCAGCUGCUACUGCGAGUGGUGUUAGCGCUGUUGCAGUCGCCAGCACAGCCGCAACCAACAACGCGCAAUCAGUGACUACACCUGCGGACGCCACCGAGGAGGAUUGUGAUAUUGUUGAGAUCGAUAUACCUCCGCCUAUGGAGAUACAGGAACACAGCUACCAGAGCAUCAUGUCUACCCCUAGUGACUCAAUUAAGGACGGUGAUAAGGUUGAUGAUUUGAUGCAAAAUCUGACUCUAGAUAAGAAGGAUGCUGCCAGCACGAGUACACCGCAACCAGUUGAAGGAACCGAAACGCCUCCAGAAGACCCGCUGAUGGAGGAGCAAAAUGAAAAGGAGCAGGCAAUGGCUAAGCGGGCGUAUGUUCUUAAGGAGCUCGUAGACACCGAGAGAGAUUACGUGAACAACUUGGGCUUGAUUGUGGAGGGCUACAUUAAAGCGCUUAGAGGGGAAACGAGCGAUGUGCAAGUUCCGGAAGACUUGAAGAACGGCAAGGACAAAAUUAUUUUUGGCAAUAUUGAAGCGGUUUAUGACUGGCAUAAAGACUACUUUUUGCCUGAAAUUGAAAAGUGUCUUGAAGAGCCUGAAAGAUUAGGGAAAAUUUUCCGAAAAUACGAACGCCGACUGAACAUGUACGUGGUGUACUGUCAGAAUAAGCCCAAAUCCGAGUACAUCGUCUCAGAGUACCUCGACACGUUUUUUGAGGAUUUACGUCAGAAACUAGGUCACAAGUUGCAGCUUCCCGAUUUGCUGAUUCAGCCCAUUCAGCGCAUUACCAAGUACCAGCUUCUACUUCGUGACAUGCUCAAGUACACUGAACGAGCAGAGCUUACCAAGGAGGCAGAAGACUUGCGGAAGGCAGUUCACAUAAUGCACGUCGUGCCAAAGACUGCCAACGACAUGAUGAUGGUCAGCAGGUUGCAGAACUUUGAAGGCAAAAUUUCAGCUCAAGGAAAGCUCCUUCAACAAGGGCUGCUCAUGGUGGCGGACGUGAUGAUGAGCGGCGGCAGUGUCAAUCUCAACUACACCUCGAUCAAACUCAAGGAAAGACAGGUCUUUCUCUUUGAACAAAUCAUCAUCUUCAGCGACGCAGUCGGCCAGAGGACGCAGUUCUCCAAUCCGAACUACCUGUACAAGAACCACCUGCAGGUGAACAAAAUGUCACUCGUCGACAAGAACGACUACCUCGACGAGGGCAAGUUCAUCCUCCGCUCAAAGGACCCCCAGCAGGAGGGGCUGGCCUUCCUCUGCGAAGGCCUCACCAAGGAGGACUCGGUGGAGUGGGUGUCCAGCAUUCGCGCCAUCCUCGACACGCAGCUCGACUUCCUGCGAGCCCUCCAGUCGCCGAUUGCAUAUCAGAAAGAGCUGACCAAGGAAAUUUCUGCGCCAGAACUUAACACUUUGUGGAACCCCUCUUUACGAAAAACGCUCUCGCAUCCUUCGGCAGUGCACAAAGAUAAAGAGUUCUUCAAGUCAAAGCUCAUUCCUUCGUCACUGGGCAGCACCCACAGCUCCAAAUCAGUGCGCGUCUCGAACAAAGCCAAAGAGAAGCACAAACCCGGCAGUGCCCCGCCAGCUGCCGAAUGCCCACCGGAGCCGCCGGCCACCACCACCGAACGGCGAAAGAGUCCUCUGGCAGGCGUCGCCGGCCUGGCCUGCACCGGUCUGAAUCAGGCCCCUGAGCCUCGGAAUCUGGUCAGUCCCUCAAAGCUAACUAAAAAGUCCUUCAUUGAUGGCUUCAAAAAUUCACUCAAAAUGAAGCGGACGGACUUUCUCAGCGAACUUGAGCCUUCCUCUUCAUCCUUAUCUAAUUCUAGUCACAGCUUUGAUGCGGCCACCAUUAAGAAGUCCUCGCUGACGAAUGACUACCUAACCCGAAUGAACACAUCCAUCAGGCGCUGGUCGGAGAGUACACCGCGACAAACAAAGAACAAUGAAAGCUAA